UCCUGGACAGACGAGAGGGGCAUGGGUUCAUCGCCUCCUAACGCGUCGCCUGUCCCAAUCGCCUUCACCUACACCUACGCGAGGCAGCCUCCCGGGUGCUGUGGCGGCUACUACGACGACCCUGCCAACACCAUUCUGAGCGACGGCGUCAAGCCCAGCAGCAUCACACGGUCCAACUGCGUGGAGUUUGACCUCUCCUCCCAUGCCUACCAGCCGACAAUUGACCUGGGAGAUGAGUACGCGGUAAGCUCGCUUGAGCUUUCGUACGUUGCCGCGCCAGGCUGGGGCAAGUAUGCGCCCUCAAAAGUGGCCGUCUCGUGUCUCUCGGCAUCGGUGCCGCUGCCGCACCAGGCGACCUCGAGCGUAGAAUUCUCAGACCUGUCGAACUCGGGCGGGCACACGGUCAGCGUUGACCUCACGCGGUGCGGGCGCGUGCGCUACAUCACGCUCGAGCAGGUCAAGCCAUCUCGCGGCCAUACCAACGUCGGCGAGCUAGUCGUCCUCGGCUGGAAACACUCGUCACCGCCACCGCCACCUCUUCCGUACCCGCCGCGCCCGCCUCCGUGCGACUCAUACAGCGCCGUGCGGUACGUGUGCUCGUCGAAUGACGGCUCCGGCUAUCACGGCUUCACGGGCAGCUACCGAACUUACCUCGGGCGGCCCGGCUCCUCCGCGGCCUGCCGCGCGCUGUGCGAGGCGCAGAGCGAGGCGGGCUGCUGCGAGUGGCGCUCGACCAACCACUGCAACUGGAAGCGGAAUGCCCGUCUGUUCUACUCGGCGGGACACACGGACACGACGAGCUUCCUGUGCUCUGUUGCGCCGCCGCCGCCAUCGCCACACCCACCGCCGCCGCCGCCAUCGCCGUCAUGGUUCUUCGACACCGGGGUCGCCGCCUCCCUCUCCAUGGAGCCCCCCGCCAUUCUGCUUCUCCUGAUUCCGUUGGCCCUGGGCGCGCUCCUGGCGAUGUUGCUGGGCUGCUGCAUCAUCCGGGAGGCUCGCUCUCUCGAGCAUGUUCUCCUCCGGCUCAUUGCGGGCGCCGCCCUCGCCGUGAUCGUCUACUCGUACGAGGUCGCGCUCUACUUCGGCGCCGCCCUCGAGUACAGAGGCGCCCUCGUCUACUCGUCCUUCGUCGCCGCCCUCUCGAGCAGCGUCGAGCUCGUCGCCGCCCUCUCGCUGGCGCGAUCCGGCCGACGGCACGCGCGCGCACGUCGACCGCGGCCUUGUACCUCAUGGCUGGCGCGGCGUCGGGACUCGCCCUGGCGGCCGUCGUCAUCUACUCCCACUUGCCUGCCGGCUUCCUGUCCGACGUGGUCGAGCCGGGCGCGGCCCUCUGCCUGACGUGUUCGGCGCUAGUGCUCGCCUACUACGCGAGCACGCAGUCCCGCCGCUGCCUCUCUUCGUCGGACGCUCUCAUCGGAGUGCUGGGCCGUCCCGACGCCGUCGAGAUGAUUGUGCCGUGCGGAGUGCCGGUGAUAGUACCUCUCGCCCAGGUCACUCCCGCUCCAACGUCUGCCGCUCAGUCUGGCGCUGCCGCCGGCGAGGCGAGGUGCGACUUGGACCCGUCCUCCUCGAUCCCAAUCUACUCGCCGGAGGUGCUGUCCGCCCCGCUGCGCAUGUCAGACGUGCGCAUGGCACCAGCAAUGGGGUCGCAGCAAGAAGAAUGCUAAAUACUAACGCUAAGUGGGCUGCGGGCGGUUUGGGGCGCGCCGCCGCGCCCCCCCCCCCCUCGACCCCCCCCACGCGCGCGUCCGACUCUCCGACAAGGGUUAAAACAAGGUUAAAAACA